AUGCAGGGACAGGCACACUUAAACGAAAUAAGUCGGUCUAUAGCAUUUGAAAGUGCAAAAGGCGGAAUUUUCUUGGCAACUACAAAACCUAUCUUUAUUGCCCAACCGUUCCGUUUGAUUCUGACCUACACAUUGGCUGCUAAUCUCCUGAAUUACCACCCCAAGGUCAUAUAUUACUCUCCAUAUGACUUUGACGCCUUGGAACUAUUGCUGAGGGCCUGUUCGGAAGAUAAGGAUGGCUUUUGUAUGUUUAGAGAACAAAAAUAUUGCACAAAACCUUCUCCUCGCAGCAACAUGUGCAGCUAUAAGAAGAUGGAUUACUAUGCCUAUUAUCCUCGAAAUUACUCUGACAAGAAAAGAGUAGUCUGUAUCGAUAUUCGACCUUUUCGAGGAAAACGUUUCAUUGAAAUUGGUGUCAAAGCAAGUUGCAAUAAUCCAAAUGGGUGUAGCUUGUAUAAAAUUGGAGCAACUACAAUAAGAUUUUCCAUAAAAGUUGAACCUGGUACGUGUGAGAAUUUCAAUAUUGUUCACUGA